UAAUGUUGUGUAACGCGUUUACUAAGUCAAGUACCCUUAGAUCAAAGGUCAUAGAACAUGAUUUUUGCUUAGAUCUAAGCCCAGACGUUGACUGAUAAACUGGUCUGAGUCAUUUUUCGAUUGGCUACCUAAAUAAACGUGCGGAAAUCCCAGGCAAUUUGAAAAACUCGCUCGUAACGCCGCGCCGCCGCCAAGAGAUGGCGCUGAAGCUCGAAUUUCUAACGUGCGCCACUUAUAUCAACGUUUGACACGUCACACUCGAUCAUUCGAUUUCCAGGUCGCUUUCAGUGCACGUCAGCUGAUUGUUCUUAACUAAAACUUGUGAUUUCACAUUCCAAAGAUUCCAACAUCCAAAUUACUGCUAUUAACCCUUACAAAGAUGACUCACUGGUCAAUUCGCAAGAUGAGUGGCGACAAUUCGGAGAUGAGGGAAUUGGCGGCGAGGAUCUGCCGGGACUACCUGCACGGUGCCUGGAAGCAUGUCAACGCCCAAAACAUUGGAUUCAAGCAUAUCAGUGGCGGCCUAUCGAACUUGCUGUACUACAUUUCGCUCCCCGACACCCUGCCGGAAAAUGUGAAGGAGGAGGCCGAUCCCAAAGAGGUUUUAAUUCGCGUCUACGGACAGACGCACGGAGAGCGCGCACUCGAGGCGCUCAUCACCGAAAGUGUCAUAUUCACGCUGCUGUCGGAGCGCGGCCUCGGCCCGAAAUUGCACGGCAUCUUCCCCGGCGGUCGCAUCGAACAGUACGUCAACGCUAGACCACUAAAGACCAAAGAGCUCGCCGACGAGCACCUCUCGAUGACUAUCUCGCAAAGAAUGGCCGCCAUACACAGCAUGGAGGUACCGUUACAUAAAACGCCCGGUUGGCUGUGGGAUACGAUGGAGCGUUGGCUCAAGUCCUCCGAGGAGCGUUUCUCCGGAGACGUACCCGCCGCGGUAAAACACUUAAAGGAGAUGAGCUUGAGACGCGAAUUUUUGUGGUUAAAGCAAAGACUCCAGAUGGAGAAUAGUCCCGUUGUAUUUUGCCACAAUGACAUGCAGGAGGGAAAUAUUUUGAUGAUCGAAGAUGAUACGGUCACCAGCAACGCCGAUGCCAAACUUGUUUUGAUAGAUUUUGAGUACUGCUCAUACAAUUAUCGCGCAUUUGACAUUGCCAACCACUUUCUGGAAUGGACUUACGAUUACACCGAGAAGCAACAGCCAUAUUUCAAGGUGACCCCCGAGAAUUAUCCGUCGAACCUUCAAAGAAUAAAGUACAUCUGCCACUACCUGAAGGAGACCGGCUCCGCCGAAAAUCCGCUCGACGUACUGCGUGAGGUCGAGAUAUUUUCGCUCGCCUCGCACUUCUUCUGGGCGCUCUGGUCGAUCGUGAACACGAAAAGUUCGCAGAUAACGUUCGGCUACUGGGAGUACGCGGUCGAGAGACUGAACGCGUACAACGAGCUAAAGACCAGGCUGCACAAGCAGGGUAUAAAAAGAAAGGCGGACGGACCUUACUAAAAAUCCCCACACGCGACGUGCCCUUCCUAUUUCGAAUAUUUUACUUGUUUGAAUAGCGGAAAGACUGCAAACCACCGUGUGAUACACAUCCAGUAGGGAUAGAUUUUGUAAUUCGACGAAAACAUUUUUAAAACACUUUUGGGCCAAUUCAGAACACGGCGGACGACGUCGGUGAUGAUUUUCUAAGAACGAAUUUUUUAGAGCGGCUGUUGCGGAUGAUGCAUUUUUACUAUAUCAGACUUAUUAAAAAAACAGUAUUCUAUAUUAAAAAACAUGAUUGUGACGUAGUUGUAGAUUUACCAGAUAUAUGUAUGUACUUCGAUUUUUUUAUUAAAAACGCGCGGUACUUAGUUUUAAGACUGAUUUUGCCUUACCAAUG